GAACCGCCUAUGCGUGCGUAGCACGUGACAUUUUUACUAUUUUGAUUUCUCCCUAAUGACAUUUUUUCGUUCGAUUUCCCCCUUAAUGAACCCUAAUUCUCCCCCAAAUGACAAUUUAUCUUUCAAUUUCCCUCUUCUCCUCCUUUAUUUCCCUUCCCUCCCUUGUCAAGUCACCGCCCCUUUUCUCCCUCAUCGAAUUACCACUUAGAUCUGGGGUUUUAAAAGGGAAGUGGGUUGGUUUUAUGGUGGGUGGGUUGUUCUUGGAUGGUUUUUCGAGGUGAUGGUGGCGGGUGGGUGUAGGUAGCUACUUCUCGAUAGAUUGGCGUGGCUUUGCGCUUGGGUUGGCUGGCUGGGUGACUCUUGGGUGGAGAUUGUGGGUGGUGGCGACCUUUGAGAGGGGAUUGUGGGUGGUGGGUGACUCGUGGUUGGUGGAAGAAUUGAAGCAGUAGCAAUCAACAAUAAUUAGGGUUCCUAGCAAAAAUUCCUAACAAAACUUACCACUUGACUUGUAAAGAAGCAGCCACAAUCAACAAUGGAGGAACAAAAAGAAAGAGAAAUAGAGGAGAAGAGGGAAAUCGAAAGAAAGAGAAAGAAAGAAAGAAAUAAAAGGGGGGAAUUAGGGUUCAUUAAUAGGCAUGUGUCACGCACGUGACUAGGUCAACGCCGGAGAAAGUGGUCAACGUCCAUGUUCCGGCAGUUGGUGAGUGAAUUUAUUGCUGAGUGUUAUAUGCGGAGGGCCUAUAUUUCUGGCUUUACUGGGAGUGCUGGCACUGCUGUUGUCACAAAGGAUAAAGCGGCUUUGUGGACAGAUGGGCGGUAUUUUUUGCAGGCUGAAAAGCAACUGAGCUCUGAUUGGAUACUCAUGCGUGCUGGUAAUAUGGGUGUCCCCACUAUGUCUGAGUGGCUUAAUGACGUGCUUACACCUGGCUCCAGAGUUGGCAUUGAUCCUUUCCUCUUCUCGUUUGAUGCUGCUGAAGAACUCAGAGAAGAUAUAUCUAAAAAGAACCAUGAAUUAGUUCUUCUGUCCAAGACCAAUCUUGUAGAUGAAAAUUGGAAGGAUUCAAGGCCAAAACCUCCAAGAAAACCUGUGAGGUUGCAUGAAUUAAAGUAUGCUGGAGUAGAUGUUUCUUCAAAGCUAUCUUGGUUGAGAUCCCAGCUUGCAAAUGAUGGUUGUUCUGCUAUGGUGAUUACCAAGCUUGACGAAAUUGCUUGGUUGCUUAAUUUGAGAGGAAGUGAUAUUCCUCAUUCUCCUGUUAUGUAUGCAUAUUUGGUUGUGGAAACUGAUCAAUCCAAGCUAUUUAUUGAUGAUAGUAAAAUCACAUCAGAGGUGAUGGGUUACUUGCAGAAUGCUGGUGUAGAGUUGAGACCUUAUGAUUCAAUCUUGAAUGCAGUUGAGAAUUUGGCACUAGAAGGGGCUCGCCUUCUGAUCGACACAGCAACUGUAAAUGCUGCUAUUGCCAACACCUUUAAGUCAGCUUCCAAUAACAAAAAGGAAUAUAAGUCUAGGUCAUAUGGUAGCUCUAAUGGUGGUUCUAAUGGUGCCACUGCUGUGUAUAGUAGCUCCCCAAUUUCCCUUGCAAAAGCACUGAAAAACCAUGCUGAAAUAGAAGGGAUGCGCAAUUCCCAUUUAAGGGAUGCAGCUGCUGUAGCACAAUUCUGGUCCUGGCUGGAAGCUGAAAUUAGCAAGGGUGUGACAUUGACAGAGGUGGAAGUGGCAGACAAACUUCUUGAGUUUCGUUCCAAGCAUGAUGGUUUUGUGGAUACAAGUUUUGAUACUAUAAGUGGUUCUGGUCCGAAUGGUGCAAUAAUUCAUUACAAACCAGAACCAGAUAGUUGCAGCAUUGUGGAUCCUGAAAAACUCUUCUUGCUUGACAGUGGAGCACAAUAUAUAGAUGGUACAACAGACAUAACAAGGACGGUUCAUUUUGGUGAACCUACUUCUCGAGAAAAAGAGUGUUUCACUCGUGUUUUACAGGGUCAUAUAACUCUUGAUCAGGCGGUAUUCCCCGAAAAUACACCUGGCUUUGUUUUGGAUUCCUUUGCGCGCUCUUCUCUUUGGAAAAUUGGACUUGAUUACCGCCAUGGGACUGGCCAUGGUGUAGGAGCUGCAUUAAAUGUUCAUGAAGGCCCUCAAAGUAUUAGUUUUCGAUUUGGAAACCUGACACCCUUGCAGAAAGGCAUGAUUGUUAGCAAUGAACCUGGGUAUUAUGAAGAUCAUGCAUUUGGUAUACGCAUUGAGAACCUCCUUUUUGUGAAAGAAAUGGAUACACCAAACCGCUUUGGAGGUCUUGCGUAUCUGGGAUUUGAAAAGCUUACUUUUGUUCCUAUUCAGAGCAAAUUGAUCGACUUAUCCUUACUAUCUGCUGCUGAAGUUGAUUGGCUUAAUGAUUAUCAUGACCAAGUUUGGCAAAAGGUUUCACCAUUGCUGGAUGGUUCAGAACGUCAAUGGCUUUGGGAAAACACACGGCCUCUUGCCAAACAGUGAAGCUGAUGCUGUUCUGCUUGCUGUUUACUUUGUCUCAUGGCUUUUACAAAAAUGUACUUGUCUGUACAUAAUGCUGGAUGCAAUAUGCUAUGCACUUUGGUUGACAAUUACAUAUACUCUGCUUGUACAGAAUUCUGCACCAUUUAUUUGUUAAGAUUCAUGUUUUAUUUUACUUGCUGAAAUCCAUUUCAAUUUUUGUUUC